AUUUUAUUUUUUGCUCUCUUUAUUUCUAUUGUAAGCAUAAAAUGCCAAAACUCACUAUAUUCCAUAAUCCUAGCUGCACUAAGUCUAAGCGCAGCGUAGCCUGCCUACAGACUAACAAGACAGAUACUAACUAUGAUCUCGAAAUCAUUGAGUAUCAAAUCAACCCUCCAUCUAGUGAUAUUCUGGCUACCCUGUCUAGCUACCUUGGGCUUACCGAACAAAACCCUGCUUCAAGACCUUGGGACUAUCUUUUGAGACCUGAAGCUCAAGGAAAAGCAAAUUCGUUUGAAGAAGCAUUUGCCAUUAUUCAAGUUAAUCCUUCUCUUUUAGAAAGACCCUUUGUUAUUGACUGGGAUCGCAAAUUGGCUGUACUUGGUCGUCCUGAUAUUUCUCAAGUCGAAAGAAUGGUUACUGAACGUGUUGCAUUAGCCAAUAAACAUUAAUGUUAUUAAUCAAUAAAG